AUGCGUCGGAGAAAUGUCAUUACUCCCUCGACAUUCGAAAAGAUUGCUGAUGCAAUGAAGCGUCGAUAUCCGAACCAAGACUGUACUGGCCACAAAUUGGAAUACGCCUUCAAACAACUACGUGUUCGCUGGAGAAAGGGAAGAGGGGGAUAUCCCCGACGACUGGGAGAUCAGGAGCAGUUCGGUUCGGACCAGGACGCUACUUCCGAUGGUGAGUCGGAGCAGUCUGAUGCCGAAGACGAAUACGACUCUUUCGACGAAGACAGGCCCCUAUUGCCCCCUGCUGAACGCGGAUUCCAGAAGGUUGUCAGACGUUUUGACUUUGCUGAUCGCUAUGACAAAUGGUCGGUGAUGGACGUUUCUGGCGUAUCUACAGAUCCGAAUGAAACGUGCGGUGUCAGUCUAGUUUUCGACAAGAUACCCGGUAAGAAGGAGAGAAGAGAGUAUAUCGAAAGUAUGCUCAAGAAAUACUGCGGCGACUUCUCAUAA